AUGCUCUCUCUCUCUGCCACAGCCCGCCAUGGCCGAGUCGAGCUCGCGCUCGCAGCCGCUGUCGUUCUUUGCCUCUGCGCCGCCGGUGUGCCCGUGAGUCCCUACCCCACCUACACUGUGUGCCACUGCUACGCUGCUCCAUUGGGAUGCUGUGCGCGCGAGGCUGCCGCUGUCCCUGUGUCGGUCCCCCUCCGACUCGCUUCCCGCUGCGUCCUUUGCGUGCUCGUCGAGCCAUGGAGGCCGAAGCCGCACCGACGCCAGGCCGCUGCCGCCACCGCCUUCCCCUGCUCGCACCGCGCCUUUGGCGGGAAUCAGUCGGAGCCCGUCCUUCCUCUGCUCCUCUGCUACGCCAAAGGAAGGAGAAGGGCGCUCGGCGGGUUGGGGAACAAGGCGCGAAUGGGGAUCGCGGAGGUGGCUCUCCACACCAUGCCGGGGGCGUUCACCACCCACUCCCCAGCAUCCAUUCUGUCCCUCAGGGCAGUCGCUAGGAGGAGGAACAGGAACACCAAUUCGGUGCCCAACGCCAGGGCACUGCAAGGCCUCCUAAGGGUCCCGAGGCUGAGGUCCGUCAGGGGGCUGUGGUGCCAGCGGAUCGAUGACCUUGCGAGGGUCACAGAGGGGAACGGAACUUGGGUCAAGGAUGCCAUGAAUAACACCGGCCAGGUUCUUGGCGACGUCAGCGUGCCUGUUCAGGCUGUUGGUGGCAAUGGUGGUCUAAAUGGGAGUGCUGCCAAGCCUCCACCUCAGAGGCGGAAGUCCUCAUCGGUUGAGGAUGAGGCCUGGGAACUUCUGCAGGAGUCAAUGGUUUACUAUUGUGGUAGUCCUGUUGGGACGAUUGCUGCCAACGAUCCAAAUGACAGUGAUCCGGUGAACUACGAUCAGGUGUUUAUUCGGGACUUCAUACCAUCCGGCAUUGCUUUUCUACUGAAGGGGGAAUAUGAAAUUGUGCGUAAUUUCAUUCUACACACCCUUCAGCUUCAGAGCUGGGAGAAGACAAUGGACUGCCAUAGUCCAGGUCAAGGUUUAAUGCCCGCCAGCUUCAAAGUGCGGACAAUUCUGCUUGAUGGUGAUGAGGAUGCAACUGAGGAGGUCUUGGAUCCUGAUUUUGGGGAGGCCGCAAUAGGCCGCGUGGCACCUGUUGAUUCAGGUCUAUGGUGGAUCAUAUUGCUUAGGGCAUAUGGAAAAUGUUCAGGGGAUCUGUCAUUACAGGAGAGAAUUGAUGUCCAGACUGGAAUGAAAAUGAUUCUGAAGCUUUGUUUAGCUGAUGGUUUCGACAUGUUCCCUACAUUACUCGUAACUGAUGGUUCAUGCAUGAUUGAUCGUCGAAUGGGAAUCCAUGGGCAUCCACUUGAAAUUCAGGCACUCUUCUAUUCAGCCCUCUUGUGUGCGCGUGAGAUGUUGACUCCAGAAGACGGAUCAGCUGACUUAAUUCGUGCCCUGAACAAUAGACUUAUUGCACUGUCCUUUCAUAUCAGGGAGUACUACUGGCUUGACAUGCAAAAAUUGAAUGAGAUAUAUCGAUAUAAGACAGAAGAAUAUUCUUAUGAUGCUGUCAACAAGUUCAACAUAUACUCUGAUCAGAUUUCUCCAUGGCUUGUUGAGUGGAUACCUCCUAAGGGGGGUUACUUUAUUGGAAACCUCCAGCCAGCUCAUAUGGACUUCCGAUUCUUUUCACUGGGAAAUUUAUGGUCAAUAGUAAGCAGCUUGGCAACAACUCAUCAGUCGCAUGCCAUUUUAGAUCUUAUUGAGUCUAAAUGGUCUGAUUUAGUGGCAGAGAUGCCACUAAAGAUAUGCUAUCCUGCUCUUGAGAACCAGGAAUGGAAAAUAAUCACUGGGAGUGACCCUAAAAACACGCCUUGGUCGUACCACAAUGGAGGAUCCUGGCCAACAUUACUGUGGCAGCUCACAGUGGCAUGCAUCAAGAUGAACAGACCAGAGCUUGCAGCCAAAGCUAUAGAGGUAGCUGAGAGGCAUAUUGCUACAGACAAAUGGCCUGAAUACUACGACACCAAGAGAGCACGCUUCAUUGGGAAACAGGCACGGCUGUACCAAACGUGGUCUAUUGCUGGGUUCCUAGUAGCCAAGCUACUGAUAGAAAAACCAGACGCUGCUAGGAUUCUGUGGAACGAUGAGGAUGCAGAAAUCCUUAAUGCUUUGAGCACAAACAGAAAGCGGGGCAAGAAAGUGUUGAAGAAAACAUACAUUGUGUGA